GGUUGCUCCUUCCCUCUCUUGAGAGAAACGCAAUUUUGGUGGAGGAGAUUCUUUUGGCGGAAGAAAUUCGGGAAGUCGACCAAACAAUCUCAGGGGGUGCGCGCGGAAGUUUUCCCCGAGCCUGUCCUGUCAGCGGUGGGGCAGCGGCAGAUGCUUCCAGUUUGCCAGCUGCUGGCAGGCGAGAGCUCCGUUGCUGCGUUUCCUAGCUUAGGAUGAAUCGGGGAGCGGUCAGUGUUGGUGGCUGGAAGCUGCCGGGCGAGUCGGGCAUGGUUUAAGAUCGCCGGGACCACCCCGACGCCUCCUCUCCCGUGCCACCGUGGACACUCCCGGGAACCGUUUGCCAUGGGCUCUCCUUCACUCCACCACCUCCUCUUUGGGAAGACUUCUUGAGUCCUAACUUCUCCUCCCACCGCAGGAACCUUCUGUCCUAGAGACGCAGAAGGGACGUGCAGCGUUUAACUCGGCUCUGCCGAGGGAAGAUGCGAGUCGGGGGGUUGCUGGCCGGCUUCUCCGUGCUCAGCCUCCUCACUCAAGGCUACCUAGCGCGGGAAACGGUAGAAGACCCCGGGAAACCGGACGGGGCAGCCAAGUUGGAAGAAGACUUCGAGACACGACCUUCCUCUUUCCAGCCGCACCUCAUCUUCAUUCUGGCGGACGACCAGGGCUUCAGAGACGUUGGUUACCAUGGCUCAGAGAUCAGGACGCCCACCCUGGAUAAACUGGCCGCAGAGGGAGUUAAGCUAGAGAAUUAUUAUGUCCAACCAAUGUGCACGCCGUCCAGGAGUCAGUUCAUCACUGGAAGAAAAAAUCUGAUGUCCAUCCUUUAGAGUACAUCCUUUGGGGAGUCCAGCACACUCUAAACACAUUUUUUGAUUAGUC